UUGCCGACAUCCAGUGGGUGGGCUCUCUCUGACAGGAGGAAGAAGCCUUGUGACUGGCAGCGGGAUCCAACCUUCAAAAGCCGGCUGUUCGUUUUCUACUUGUUUUACAAACACUGGGAUCUAUGGCUCACAAAGGGAUGAAUCUCUGCAAUAUAUGCUGCCUGCUCCUGUACAUGAUCUCGGCGGUGCUGGCGGGGCGAGAUUUUUAUAAGAUCUUGGGGGUGACCAAGAGUGCAUCAAUCAGGGACAUCAAGAAGGCCUACAGAAAGCUGGCUCUCCAGUUACACCCCGACAGGAACCCGGACGACCCGAAAGCUCAAGACAAAUUCGCAGACUUGGGGGCAGCUUAUGAGGUUCUCUCAGAUGAGGAGAAAAGGAAGCAGUACGAUGCUUACGGGGAAGAUGGACUCAAAGAGGGUCACCACGGCUCACACAACGAUAUCUUCUCCAGCUUCUUUGGUGACUUUGGGUUCAUGUUUGGAGGCAACCGACAGCAACAGGACAGGAACAUCCCCAGAGGAAAUGACAUUGUACUCGACCUGGAGGUCACGCUUGAAGAGGUGUACUCUGGGAACUUUGUUGAGGUUGUACGUAACAAACCUAUAGCCAAAGAAGCCCCCGGCAAGAGGAAGUGUAACUGCAGGCAGGAGAUGAGGACAACGCAGCUCGGACCUGGCCGCUUCCAGAUGACUCAGGAGAUGGUGUGUGAUGAGUGUCCUAAUGUAAAGCUGGUAAAUGAAGAGAGGACCUUGGAGGUAGAAAUUGAACAGGGAGUGAGAGAUGAAAUGGAGUACCCUUUCAUUGGAGAAGGGGAACCUCACAUCGAUGGAGAACCUGGAGAUCUACGUUUCCGAAUCAAAGUGUUGAAACAUCCUGUGUUUGAACGCAGAGGAGAUGACCUGUACACCAACGUCACAAUAUCCCUGGUGGAGGCACUGGUCGGCUUUGAAAUGGACAUUGUACAUCUGGACGGACACAAGGUCCAUAUAGUGAGAGAUAAGGUCACUAAGCCCGGUGCUCGAAUGUGGAAGAAAGGAGAGGGUCUGCCAAACUUUGACAACAUCAACAUCCGAGGUUCCCUCAUCAUCACCUUCGAUGUGGAGUUUCCUCAGACACAGCUCGACGACCAGCAGAAAGAUGGUGAGAAUGAAGUGUUAAAAGGACAGAACACAGAAACAGCUCCCGUUUUUUCUCUUCCCUGUAGUGCUAAUUCCUCAUCUAGAUUGUUUUGGUAUGAGUGGCUGUGCUUUAUUGGCCUUCUCUUUAAGAUAAUGGAAUCAGAUGGCUACUGUUUACUCAAGAUAAUCCACAGACCUUGUUGUGAGCAGUUUCAUGUAGGAACUAUUUUCUUUCCAUGGGCUGAUGGCUCUCCGGUCUCCCACAUCCUGAGGAAGAAAAAAGGGGUGGCUGGGAUAGUGGAGGGCGAGCACAGGACAAACAGUGCCGCAGACCACCUAUAUGGAUGA